UAAACGCCCUAAACAUGAAUGCCAUUGUCAUGUCGAGUGCCGUGUGAGUUUAUUUUGAUUCGUUGAACCGUUCAGACCGGAGAGAUGCGUGAGUAUAAAGUGGUGGUCCUCGGCAGCGGCGGGGUCGGUAAAUCCGCCCUCACCGUGCAGUUCGUCACCGGGACGUUUAUUGAGAAGUACGACCCGACCAUCGAGGAUUUCUACCGUAAGGAGAUCGAGGUGGACUCGUCGCCGUCGGUGCUGGAGAUCCUGGACACGGCGGGCACGGAGCAGUUCGCGUCCAUGCGGGACCUGUACAUCAAAAACGGACAGGGCUUCAUUCUGGUCUACAGUCUGGUGAACCAGCAGAGCUUCCAGGACAUCAAGCCCAUGAGAGACCAGAUCAUCCGAGUCAAGAGGUGA